UCGUGCGCCUCGUCAUGCGCGUUCAAAAGAAAGUUUGUUAGCUUUGAGCUGUUUGUCUGUUACUCUUUGAACUCUUCAUUCAUUACUGAGGUUAACCUGCGCCGCUGCUCAUUGAUCUGACUCGGCAUGUCCCAGGACAGUCAGCACGGCAAGUGGACCAUCUCUAGCAGUGAUGACGAUGAUGAUGAGGCUCUUCCUUUUUCUGGGACUACAACAUCUGAGUCCCAUCAGCCAGCUAAAUCCAAUUCACAGCCCAAUCACAACUCCAGAAGAUCUCCUUCUCCUAGACCCGUGGAAGCCCCUGUAGAGGUGAAAUCAGAACCAGCUCGACCUCCUGUUUCCUCACUCAUCAUCGGUUCUGAGGCCAGACAGUCAGCCACUAUGAACCAGUCAAAUCCAGUUAAGUAUGAAACUAGCCCUUCACUGGCUGGUAAACGGAAGAAUGAGGAGUCAGGCAGCGCAGGCUGGGCUCUCUCAGAUAGCGAUGAAGAUGAUAGAGAGGUGAAGGGGAAUAGUCACAGUAACAUGCCAAAACAGAAGCUUCCAAAUCCCAAGACAAAGAAACCGAAGGUGGAGAGUGAGCGUCCUCCGAGUCCUCAUGGACGACUGUAUUACAUUGACGAGCCAGAGGACUUCUUUGAGUCCUGCACUCCUUGUCUUAAUGACACUUACAGGUUCUACCUCAACAAAGUCACAGGCCUGGACAGGAAGUACAACAGGGGAGCUCUGCACAUCAGAGACAUUCUCUCUCCAUUAUUUGGGACCUUAAAAGAGUCUGCUCAGUUUAACUACUGCUUUGAUAUUGCUUGGAUGGUUAAGCAGUAUCCAUCAGAGUUUAGAGAACGUCCAGUUCUGAUUGUCCACGGAGAUAAGAGGGAGGCCAAAGCACGCUUGCUGCAGCAGGCUCAGCCCUUUCCACAUGUUCGCUUCUGCCAGGCCAAGCUUGAUAUUGCCUUUGGAACUCACCACACGAAGAUGAUGCUGCUGUGGUAUGAGGAAGGCUUCAGAGUCAUCAUUCUGACCUCCAACCUCAUCAGAGCAGACUGGUACCAGAAGACACAAGGGAUGUGGCUGAGCCCUCUGUUUCCACGAUUACCAAAAGGGAGCAGUGCUAGCACAGGUGAGUCACCCACCUUCUUUAAGAGGGACCUGCUGGAGUACCUGGCAUCGUACCGGGCGCCAGAACUUGAAGAGUGGAUCCAGCGAAUCAAAGAGCACGACCUGUCAGAGACGAGGGUCUACUUGGUCGGCUCAACCCCAGGGAGGUAUGUAGGCCCAGACAUGGAGCGCUGGGGACACCUGAGGCUGAGGAAGCUGUUGUACGAGCACACAAAUCCUAUUCCUGGUGAGGAAAGGUGGCCUGUGAUUGGCCAGUUCUCUAGCAUCGGCUCCAUGGGACUGGAUAAAACUAAAUGGUUAGCGGGGGAGUUUCAGCGCACGCUUACCACACUAGGGAAGUCCUCCCUUCGCCCUGAUCCCCCCAUGCACUUGUUGUAUCCAUCAGUAGAAGAUGUGAGGAUGAGUUUAGAAGGCUACCCAGCCGGAGGCUCUCUUCCUUACAGCAUCCAGACAGCUCAGAAACAGCUCUGGCUCCACUCCUACUUCCAUCGCUGGAUGGCAAAUACGACAGGCAGAAGUCACGCCAUGCCACACAUCAAGACAUACAUGAGGGUUUCUCCAGAUUUCACACAACUUGCCUGGUUCCUCGUCACAAGUGCGAACCUGUCCAAGGCAGCGUGGGGUGCACUGGAGAAGAACAACACUCAGAUAAUGGUGCGUUCCUAUGAGCUGGGAGUCCUCUACGUCCCAUCAGCCUUUAACAUGAAGACAUUCCCUGUUGAUAAAAAUCCAUUUCCUGUCUCCUCAUCAUCCUCUGGCUUCCAUGUACCCUUUGACCUCCCUCCUACAAGCUACUCUCAAACAGACCAGCCCUGGAUCUGGAAUAUCCCAUACAACCAGGCACCUGACACACAUGGCAACAUUUGGGUUCCCUCCUGAACACACACACACACACACACACACACACACAUGUCUGUUGUUAGACUGUCAGAACUAUGUUUAGCUGUUGUAAGUACAUCUUGAUACUGUACUGUGUAGACCUGCUUUUUCUACAAAUAAAACAUAUUGUUUUUACUGUU